CAGCCCUCGAUUCUCAAGUUCAGCGAUUGCUUCCUUGAUUGGCCAAUAGACAGAUGGCGGGGCUGGACGAGAACGAUAAUUUCUACCUGAGGUACUACGUCGGUCACAAAGGCAAGUUUGGGCACGAGUUCCUGGAGUUUGAGUUCCGGCCCGACGGCAAGCUCCGCUACGCCAACAACUCCAACUACAAGAACGACACCAUGAUCCGUAAGGAGGUCUUCCUCACGCCCGCCGUCCUUAAAGAGUGCCGCCGUAUCGUCUCCGAAAGCGAGAUUAUGAAAGAAGAUGACAGCAACUGGCCCGAACCUGACCGUGUGGGGAGGCAGGAGCUUGAAAUUGUGCUGGAGAAUGAGCACAUAUGUUUUACCACAUCUAAGAUUGGAUCCCUAAUGGACGUGCAGACCAGUAAAGAUCCAGAAGGCCUUCGCAUAUUUUAUUAUCUUGUUCAGGAUCUAAAGUGCUUUGUGUUCUCUCUAAUCUCCCUCCACUUUAAAAUCAAACCCAUAUGAUUUUAUUCUGUUGAUGCUCUGGAAGGUUGACUUUUGUUAUGUUUUUAACUCCAGUUCAACCGGAGUUAGAAGAAGCUAAAAAGGGCCUGUAAUCUGGCAGUUUGAGUGGAAUUGUUCUCAAAGAAUCUAAUUUCUUGUAGACUAUCCGUAUUUUAUUGCACCUCUAGCCCAUGGUUUUGAUUGCUCAGCGAAUGCUAUAGUUUGUUUCUUG